GUAACAGGAAAGUGUAAUUUAGUUUGCCAAUAAUGUUAAUAUUUUGUUUAUGGUGAGACAGCUGAGAUGAUUUAUUAUUAACUGUGUAUCAUUAGAUGAUGCAUAUACCAACACCCCCACAACCGCAACAAGGUUGCAUAGGUUUAGAUUAGGAUCAGCGUGAGAGGAGCGGGGGUUAUCAAUUAUCAAUUAUGCAUUCAGUGCUUAUUAUAAAAUAAACUAGGCCUAUAUGUCAUAUUGAUGUUUUAAAAAAUCCUUAAUUAUUGUUCAGUCUAUUGUCGACAGUAUAUGUCACUGUAUGAUGAAUGCAGCACAAAACCAGCUCAGUCUUGACUAGCCCUGCCACUGUCGCUGACUUGUUGAUUUCAGUGUCGCUAUCUGAAUGUGGUUCUUUCAGGCUCCAGGGUGGUAGUUUCAAAACAAGGAGUCCCUGACUCUGUAAAUAAUCAUAAAAUUUCUAUGCAUCUAGGAUUACUUAAAGCUGCUUAUGUGAGCUAAUAGGAAUGCAAAUUAAUAUUAGUAUUGGCAAAUAUUUAUCUUUAAUUUAAAUCAGUUCCAUUUGUUCUCAAGAAGUUAGUCUCAUUUCCUCACAACAGAAACCUAAUAAGGGCUCUUAUUAUAGACUUUAACACAAAUAUCAUCCAUAUAAUCUAGUACAAAAGCAUACAGUUAGAUUGUAUCAUAUUACAGCAUUGAAAGUGAAAUGCAAUCUUACACUAACAAACAAAUAUGACAUACGCUUGCAAAGCAUUGCACACACACAGAAAAAGCAGAUUGGCUAGGGACUUCCUCAAAAGGUUUCACAAGACCGAGAUGAAUGAUAAAUGGCUCAGCACAUUCAGGCUCACACUCACAUUCAGACACGCCACACCCUUUACCAUCAAACAUUAGCUGGAUAGGACUAAUAAUGGAUGUAGGGGUUGUGAUCUACACGUUGUUGGAGGUGCUCAUUGCUGUUAGCUGCUGUCUUGGUAAUAUGUUGGUUAUUUUGGCACUGUGGACCAGUAAAAGCAUUCAGCAACCUACCUUCUGCCUUAUUGUCUGUCUGUCUGUGGCUGACUUGAUGGUUGGCUGUGUGGCCAUACCGUUGGCUGUGCUGGUGGACGGACGAGUCAAGACUUCAUUCUAUGGCUGUCUCUUCAUCAGCUGUGUGGUCAUCCUGUUGACCCUGGUCUCAGUUUUGUCUCUCGCGGCUAUUGCAGUGGACCGAUUCCUCCGUGUGUAUGUCCCUCUCAGGUACAAAAGGACUGUAACACAGAGACAUUCUUGGCUUGCAGUAGCAGCAUGUUGCCUUGUUGCAAUACCACUGAGUUUUGCUCCCAUGCUUGGAUGGUACGAGCAUAAAACCUUGCCUAACCCAGGCAACUCUACUAUUACCUGCCGGUUUAUAUCAGUGAUCCCAAUGUCAUACCUGGUUUACUUCAACUUUUUUCUCUGCACCCUGAUACCUCUGUUGGUGAUAACUUUCUUGUAUGGCUACAUUUUCUGUACUAUUCGAGGAAGUCUUCGAGAGAAACCAGGCAACGGUUUCCAAAAACAAUCUCAGAAUUACCUAAGGAAAGAGAAACAGCUGGCAGCAUCUCUGUCUCUGGUCUUGGCUCUGUUUGCCCUGUCCUGGCUCCCUCUCCACAUAAUGAACUGCAUUGUUUACUUUGGUGGACCGAAUGAUGUACCAAAAACAGCUUUCUACAUUGGCAUCCUGCUUUCUCAUGCUAACUCAGCUGUAAACCCAGUUGUGUAUGCGUUCAAAAUACAAAAGAUCAGGACUGCAUACCUGAAGCUCUGGAGAGAUAUAUUGGAUGCGGAGAAGAAAAUCAAGGAUCUCAGACAAGCCAGACAACAGACAACAAUCUUAGUAGUAACUUACAAUAGUAACAGUAAGUAAGUGUUAAAAAAUGAGUGAAGGAAUAUUUCCUUGUUUUAGAGCUUUUUUGUUCCUAAGGACCAAGUUUGACUCACUGUUGUACAUAAUUAAACAUGUUAACAUUGUGUGAAAGGUUAAGAAAGUCAGUUCAAAUAUGUGGAUUGUAUUGAAAUCCUAAAGCUACCUUUUGAAUGGAUUUUGAAAGAUGAUGUUCUGUGUAUUGAUACAGUAAACAAAUGUAGCCAUCUUUACUGAAA